AUGCUAGCUCAACAACAACCACCAACACCAACACCAACACCACAGCAAUCACAACCACAACCACAACCACAACCACAACCACAACAGAUGCUGCAGUCACGAAAAUCAAAAAGUAAAAAGAAGCAAUCAUAUUAUGAUGAAGAAGUUAGAACUCUUCCAAGUGGAGCUCCAGUUGAUUUUGGUCAUGGUAAGAAAUCUACAUCUAAACCGAAAUCAAAAUCAAAGCCUGCUUCAUCUUCUACAACAAAUUUCAAGUUGACUGCAUCACCAAGUUUACCAAGUGGAGCUAAACCAAAUUUCCAACCCUAUAAAUCAACAUCUCCUUCACCACCACCACCACCACCACCAUCAACACAACCAUCUACAUCUACAUCUACAUCACCAACACCAAGAACAUCAACUGGUAAUAAGAAUCACCAUAAUCGUCAUCAAAGUAAUCAUAGUGAUUAUGAUAAUGAUCAUCCUCAAUUAUCAUUACCUAAUGGUAAAAAACCAAAUUUCUUCAACAAUAACAAUAACGAUAAGAAAUUUUCUACUAUACCAUUUGAUUCAUCAAUAAAUUUAAUUAGAAAACAAUAUAAUAAUCCCAAUACUAAAGCUAUAAAGGAGAAAAAGUUGGAUAAUAAUAAUAACAACAAUAGUAGUAAUAAUAGUAAUAAUAGUAAUAAUAGUAAUAGUGCUUAUUAUGCUGGUUCAUCAUUUCAUUCAUCUCCUGAUGCUUUAAAUUUACCUAAACCUUCAUUUAAACUGAAUAAUGGAUCUCCUAGACAAUCUAGUGGAUUAAGAGAUUAUUAA